AUGGAACCUUCGCAAAAAAGAAAACGGGGCUCAGGAUGGUCUCAAACUGAUCUUCAGAAUGCUCUAGAUGAUAUAAAAAACAACCAAAUGUCUGAGCGUGCAGCAGCUUUAAAAUACAAUAUACCACGGCGAACGUUGAAAAAUCACAUAAAAUCUGGAAGCGUGGUGAAGAGGAUAGGAAGAAAAGCUGUUUUUACCGACACACAGGAAAAGGAAUUAGUAGAGAGAAUUAAGAAGUUUUCAAGUAUAGGCAUGCCUUUGACACCAAAAAUAAUACGUAAACAAGCUUACUUAUUUUGUGAAAGAAAUAAUAUACAAAAUCCCUUUAGUGACAAAAAAUUGACUGCUGGCAAGAAAUGGCUUAACAAUUUCCUCGCACGAAAUAAAGACAUAUCUCAACGUAAAGCACAAUUCAUGAACCCUGCGAGGGCUCAGAAAUUAAAUAAGCAUAUAGUUGACAAACAUUUCAAAGCUAAGCAAAGCUGA